AUGAACAUGAAUAUCUUCCGCAUCCUGGGCGAUGUGUCCCAUACCGCCUCCAAAUGUAUCCUCAUCUGGGCCAUCCAUUCCAACAAGAGUGCCGAAGGCGUCUCUUUGCUGACCCAAAUCCUCUAUAUUGCCGUCUUCGUCACCCGUUAUCUCGACCUGUUCUGGGUCCCGCCGUCUGCAUCAUGGUGGAAUUUCAUUCUCAAGAACUUCUAUAUCUGGUCUUCAAUUUAUAUCAUCAUCUUGAUGACUCGAGUCUUUGCGCGGACCCGCGAGCGAGAAAAGGCCUGGAAAUGGGGUGCUUAUGCCACUGCAGCAUCAAUGCUUGCUGCUCCUCUGGUCUGCUUGACCUUUAACGGACCGCGCCGGACGACUUUUACCGAAGUCCUGUGGACAUUUUCCAUUAUCCUUGAGUCCGUCUGCGUUCUCCCGCAGCUUCUCCUCCUCCGACAGACCACCGUCCCGACUGUCAUUGACUCUUUCUACCUCGUCACUCUAGGCUCCUAUCGAGCAUUCUAUCUUCUCAAUUGGAUCUACCGGGCUUUCACGCCGUCGAAACCUGAUGCCAUUUCGGUCAUCUUUGGCAUUGUUCAAACUGCGUUCUAUAUAGACUUCGCGUGGGUCUACUGGACGAGGCAAAGAGUCAAGCUGCGAGGCGGUGGCAUCGUCGAUGCAGAGGACUUGCGGAAAGGCUGGUUGGUCAACAGGGUCAUCAACCCUACCCGACCAACACCGGAACAGGACACAGAAGCUGGUGACGACGAGAACAAUGAGAACCCUCAGCAACCGAAGGUCAACCGCUGGGGUGCACGAGGCAUAUCUAUCUCGGCGGACGACACAUUACAGGACCAUGAUAAGGGCAAACGGGCAUCCAAGUCGUCGAACCCCGAAGCCAAUCCGAUGCUGGAAGAUGACACUUUUGUGGACGACGAGGAUGACGUCCCUAGCUAG